AUGGCAAAGAUAUUUCACCUGCCUGAGAUAAGUCGAAAGUUUCUUACCGUGCUUGGACUCAAAUGCACCAAUUUUAGGCUAGGAAAUGUCCGGUUUCUUCGAACUAUAAGUCUCAGGGAUUACCAACAGGAUGCGAUAACCUGUGUUCACGAAGCAAUAUCUCAAGGAGUAAAGCGACCUGCUGUAGUUUUAGCAACAGGCGGCGGCAAAACAGUUGUCUUCUCUCAUCUAAUUCCUCAAAUGACCUCCCAGGAAAAUCAAGGAAAUAAAACAUUAGUUUUAGCUCAUAAGGAAGAAUUAGUGAAACAGGCAGCAGACACUAUUUCACAAAUUAAUCCUAAUUUGAAAGUCGAAAUAGACAUGAGACACUUGAAGCCUAGCUUUGACGGAGAUGUGAUUGUUGGAUCUGUGCCAACUCUAGUGAGAUAUCAAAGGCUUCAGAAAUACCAGGCUGAUGAUUUCAAGACUAUAAUAUUAGAUGAGUGUCACCACGCAACUGCGAAUUCGUGGUUAAAAGUCUUAAAGUACUUUAAUGCAGAUAAUGCUGACCUGAAGAUUUACGUUAUAGGAUUCACUGCAACUAUGGAAAGAAGCGACGGAGCUGCUCUAGGAAGUAUGUUUGAUCAAAUUGUUUAUGAAAGGGACUUACUCACAAUGAUAAAGAAUCGAGAGUUGGUUGACAUAAAAUUUUCGUCUAUAGGGAUAGAUGUUGAUCUAAGUAAAGUUAAAAUUCACAAGAAGGACUAUGAAAUCAACAGCCUUUCUAAAGCAAUAAAUAGCUCUGACGUAAAUUUCGUUACCGCAUCGUCUUAUUUAAAGCUAAAGAAAAAAUACAAUUUCAAGUCGACUAUAAUAUUUUGUGUGGACAUUAACCAUUGCAAAACAUUAUGUGGAGUCUUACAGAGAGAAGGAAUUAACGCUCAAUAUGUCACGAGUGAAACAUCUAAGUUUGAAAGGAAGGAAAUAAUAAAAGAUUUUAAGGAGGGACUGAUAGAAGUACUAUGCAAUGUCCAAGUUUUCACAGAAGGUACAGAUAUUCCGAACAUUGACUCACUUUUAUUAGCUAGACCGACGAAAUCUAGACCUCUUUUGGUUCAAAUGAUUGGAAGAGGUUUAAGAUUACAUAAAGAUAAAGAACGCUGUCAUGUCGUAGAUAUAGUUGGCACCAGGGGUACAGGUAUGCAAUCCGUACCUACUUUGUUUUCAUUACCGGAGAAUUACUCCAUACAAGGUAAAACAUACGAAGAGUUGAUGAUGGAAAAAAAAGAUUACGAUCAAGAAAUAGAACAAAAUAAAAAAGAAAUGCAACUAGAGGCAGAACAAUUACGUCGAUUAGAAGAACAAGAAACUCAUAAAAAACUUUGCAAUUUUAAAAGAAAGGUUGAUGAAAUGAACAUUAGUAUUACCACAAUUGAUGGUUUUUCAGCCCUUCAAAGUAAGGAUGCCAAAGUCUACGAGGAUAAUAAACUAGUCCAACGAGAAUUUCUGAUAUGCAAAAUACCAUGGGUCAGGUUGGAGUAUGAUAUAUGGGGCUAUCAAGUGAGCCGGACAGACUUCUUUCAAAUCGAGCGAAAGCAAAAAAAGAAUGGAGAGUUAUUUUUUUGUUUUACAAUCAAUCAGUUCACAUCUAGAGAACAGAAAAUUGCUAGUAGUUAUAAAUGUGGCAAGUCAAAGGUUAUUUCUGAACCUUCAUCAAGUAAGUAUUUGAAGCAAGUUCUUAUCCAAGCCGAAAAUUUGCAUAGACAGAUGAAACACAAACCAUUUUCAAACUUUUCUAAUGCUACUUCAAUAUCAUCCAAGCAAAGAGAGUAUCUACAUGCCAAACUAUUGAAAAAAGCAAAUCAAAACUAUGAAGCAUCGGAUGAUACUAGUAUAACAAUCAUGGAGAAUUUAAAUCAAUUUACAAAGGAAAGGGCAUCAAAACUAAUAUUUGCUUUUAAUUUCUCGCCGAAGUCACUAUGGAUCGGGUGGGAACUACAAAGAAUAUUAGGACCUAGUGAGAUAAUGAAAAAGAAAAUUAGAGUCUUGGCUUCCAAAAGUUGA